ACAAGGCCGUUUGUCAAUACAAUAUGUCGGGCCUAAAUAUAUACACUGAAAACCUUUUGCUUACCACAUCAGAUGAAAAAAUUACGGCCUCUGUUACCUGUACUAGUUUAGAAAAGGAAAAGCUGUUGUAUAUUGGCACCUCCACGGGAAGAAUAGUGCUCUAUAUGCUGUUUUGGAAUGCGGACAGCAAAAUUCUAGAAUCCCAGCGUAUCCAAUCCAUAGUUGUUGACAAAAAAAAGGCUAUUACAGAACUUGCAAUACUAGGAGAGGUAGGAAUUUUGUUUUCAAUAUGUGGUAGAUGCCUGAAUACUUGGAAUUCCUUGUCUUUGGAGCCGACUGUUUCUGCUCCAAAGUGCAAAAAUGUUUCUAAAAUUUGUAUAUACUCUGGCGAAGACAUGACUUACCGAAUCUGCAUACAACGAGAAAGACGUUUGCUCCUAUAUGAAUAUGUAGGAAAAUUUAAUUUGCUCAAGGAAAUUCCGCUGUUGUCUCCGGUGUUAGAAAUAGCCUGGUCGAACAAUGUUUUGUAUUUGGGCUUCAAAAAAGAGUAUUUUCUUUUUGACCUCACCCUAAAUCAAUUCUUUCUAGUUGCAGCGUUUACGACGACUCCGUUGAUUCGACGGUUGUCGCCCACACAGAUGCUGUUGAAGCAGGAUCAGACCGGUCUUUUGGUGCCAGUAUAUGACACUGUGGGUUCGAAGAAGGUUCAAACUUACGAAAUACCUUUGAAAUGGGAUUCUCCGCCCAACGACAUUUUGACAGACUAUCCUUACGUCAUCUCUCUUCACGACGAUAGGAAGUUAUUAGAGAUACAUUCUGCUAUUUCCUGGCGUCUUAUACAAAGAAUUCACUUGUUGACAGCUUGCAACCAGGCCGAGCGACUGGUGCCCGGUUUUUCAAUAUGCUCUUCGAAUCCAUUUUUUCUUGUAGUUACUGAUACGUCUAUACUUAUGCAUACAGCCUACGACCUGUCCAUUCAAGCGGAGGACCUGGUUCACGCGGGGUUUAUCGACGAAGGGAUCCAUCUGGCGACUCUCGGAAAUAGGUGUGGCAGGUCGGACCAGGAGCUAAGUCUGCAGCUGAACCUGAGCGCUGGUUGGCAAUAUCUGAAAUCACUCGAUUUUAAAAAAGCGUUCGAGAAUUUUGAAAAAUCUUCUUUGCUGCCAACCGCUCUUUUGGAAACCAGCUUUCCCAUGUUGAUGUUGGAACCUCCUGCCAGUUCCCAGGCAUCAAUGCACAUAUACGAUCUCAUAAAAAGCCAUCAUACGAGCCAGCCGAAGAUCGAGGAAUGCUUAAAAGAGGUUUUUGGCUUCGUGAGGAGUUUCCUUAUAUCGAGCGUCUCGAAGCCCGGUGUGGAUCCCUCGAGCAGGGCAACUAUUUUCACUGCGAUUUUCCUCUUAUCUGUAUCGCUAAAGGGUUCAGAAGGCGACGUUUGGGAGUGUCUGAAGACUUUUCCGGAGGAUAGUCUACCAGUUGAAGAGCUGGCAAAAUAUUGUACCGAAAAGGAAAUGUGGGGUCCGUUGGCAUUGGUUUAUCGUUAUCAAAAGCUUUACGACCGCACGUUGCAAAUCUGGUUCGACAUAAAUACUGGGAAAAAGACGGACCGCUCGUUGCCCUCGAACGGAUUGGAAGAGGCGAUAUCGCUCCUCGAAACGCUUGAUGACAUAGAGGUUGUUCAGAAAUACGCGGAAUGGAUUCUUUCUAAAGGAGAGGAUAAAUUGCUUCGCGUCCUCACGUCGCGACGUCGUCCGUCUCGUUUGCCUUUCGAUUCGGUCUUGAAUUGUAUUUCUAAACUGAAGUGCGAAACACUGCUUGAGCAUUACUUAGAGUGGCUGGUGUUUGAUUGCAGCGUAGACGAGGAAGAGCCAGAGACAUACUUGGCCAAUUUUUACCUAGAUUGCAUCUUGGCUUCAAGUGUCUACGGAGAUGACCUGGCGGAGACUGCAGUAGAGAAUCUUUCGAUUUAUCGAAGAAAGUUACUCAAGCUGAUCGGUACAAAAAAUAUGUACAACAAGCUGAAUUUGAUAAAUCGAAUGCAGGGAUUUCCUCUGUAUCACGAAAAAGCCUCUCUUUGGGAAAAAGUAAAGAAUCACGAGAAGGCUUUAGAAACAAUUGUUGUGUACUUGAGGGAUAUCAACAGAGCCGAAGAGUACUGCUGUCGAUACGAAAAAGAGGCUGGCGAAGGUUUAUUUUCACUUCUGUUUAAACUGGUCUUGCACACAGAAGAGGGAUUGGCCGUUCCAACUGCUUCUUUUGCCAUACUGGACAAGUACUUUACCAAAGUAAAAUUAACUAACGCCCUCUCGAUGCUUCCAUCGACUAUCAGCGUCAGACAUCUGCACGCGCACAUGAUGAAGUUGAUCAGGCUGGUGUCGAGUGAAUCAAGGCAUUUGUCUGUUAUUUCCCAGUUAGAGGCAUACCAAAACUUUUAUACUAAAAUGAAAAAGAUGCAAAUGACAGCAAAGUCUAUUCUCUUAACAAAUGAUACCCUGUGCCAGGUUUGCAAAAAAAGGAUCAACGAGAAAAUAUUCGCUUUGCAUCGUGCGACGGCGUUGAUUCAUUUUAGCUGUCUAAAAAACAGCUGAUCUGUAUUGAAUAAGAUAAAGAGACCCCAGAAGUGAGCGAAAGGUGCCAGACAAUACGACCCAGUUUCCCUCACCCCUGUAAGUCUAUUCGAACUACUCUGGUUUUUUGGCAUUUUUUAGUCCGUUAGCGCUUUCAUGUUGUCUAAAGCCGAGCCAUCGAUGACCUAGAUGGGUUUCGGUUAGGUAAACUUCGAAAUCUCGACGGCGCCUGCUUUGGUACUUUAGGGAAGAAAACAACGGCGCACCUAGCAUUGCCCUGAUGCAAGUGGUGUUGACCAGCAGCAUUUUUUAAAACCUGUCACACGCUGUGGUGUCUUAAAAAUUGACUCUAUCUAUGACGUUCUCGAGAGCGUUUUUUUCUAAUCGGGCCCCUACAUCUUGAAAUAGAUCGGCCAGUCUCGGGCUACUACAAGCCGCAUAUAAAUAUUUAUUUACUUUACUCUUUCCAUUGGUGGGCACAAUCCGGGUCGAAACACUUGUAAAAAAUGGUCAUAGGUUCGUCCGCAGAUCGAGUCUGCAGUUCGUAGUAAUAGGCCUUUGUCUGACCGCAACGCGGACACUUGGCUGCAUGUCAAAAAAAAAAAUCAGAACAUUUCCUAAUUGAUGGGUCCGAUGCAGCGCGACGUGGCGCGUUUGAACCGACAUAAAAGAGGCCAUACCCAUUGAGUCGACUUUUUCCCAA